AUGUUCAUUGGUGGAUUGAACUGGGAGACCACGGAUCAAUCCCUUCGUGACUACUUCUCGCAAUUCGGCGAAGUCCAGGAAUGCACUGUGAUGCGUGACAGCGCCACUGGACGCUCUCGCGGCUUCGGUUUCCUUACUUUCCGCGAUCCCAAGACUGUCAACACGGUCAUGGUGAAGGAGCAUUACCUGGAUGGCAAGAUUAUCGAUCCCAAGCGCGCCAUCCCCCGCGACGAACAAGAGAAAACAAGCAAAAUCUUCGUCGGCGGCGUCAGCCAAGAAGCCACGGAACAAGACUUCAAACAAUUCUUCACCCAAUUCGGCCGCGUCAUCGACGCAACCCUCAUGAUCGACAAAGACACCGGCCGCCCCCGCGGCUUCGGCUUCGUAACCUUCGACAGCGAAGCCGCCGUGGAAAACGCACUCUCCCGCCCCCUCGAAAUCCUCGGCAAACCCAUCGAAGUCAAAAAGGCCCAGCCACGCGGUAACCUGCGCGACGAGAACCGCGGCGGCCGCGGCGGCCGCGAUAACUACCGCGAUAUGAACCAGGGCGGCGGUGAUUCGGGCCCCCAGCAGGGUGGUGGCGCUGGCGGACAGCAGGGUAUGGCAGGUGGUAUGACGCCGCAGAUGAUGGCACAGUAUUGGCAGCGCAUGCAGCAGUACUUUGCCAUGAUGCAGCAGCAGAUGGCCAUGGGCGGGGGCCAAAUGAAUAUGGGCGCGAUGAACCCGGCCAUGCUUCAGCAAAUGCAGCAGAUGCAGAUGAAGCAGAUGCAACAGCAGAUGGGCGGUGCCCAGCAACAGGGGGUCCCGCAGCAACAGCAGCAGCCUGGCGGUAUGAGCCCCAACCCAGCCUCGCCCGGUGCUCAACAGGCCAUGCCCAUGAUGAACCCGGCCAUGAUGCAGCAAAUGCAGGGCCAACCCCAGGGCCAACAGGGCGGCGCAGCUGGUAGUGACGGCGCCACUUCCGGCGCGGGAUAUAACCGCCAACAACCCGGGGGACCGGGCUACAAUGCGCAGGAACAAAUUGCCUUUGAGCAGCAGAAAUACGAGCAACAGCAGGCGCGCCGCGUUAUGGAUACCAACCGCGGUUACUCGCCGUAUCAGCAGGGUGGUCCAACCUCGUGGGAGGGUAUGUAUGACGAGGUUCCUCAGCCGAAUAUUCCCACCGGUCCGCAGGGUAUGGUUCGUGGUGGAAGCAUGGGUCGUGGCGCAACCCCCCAACCCCAAAGCGCAGCCCCCGCCAACGCCCCAACGGGCCCACGCAACGCGGGCAAGCCCGGCGCAAACUACCGCGGCGGUGGUCGUGGCGGACACCGUGGAUUCCACCCUUAUUCUCGGUAA